AUGCUAGACCUCGACAAGGUUAGUUACUCGGAGAGUGCUGCAGUCACCGUCAUCUGUGAUUUCUACAAAUUUCUCACCAAGAUGUACCUGGACGAGGAGACCGUGGAGUGGCCGCCUGAAGGAGGAUGGCCCACUCUGACUAAAAAUGCUUUCGGGGGCAUGGACAAAUCAGACCGAGUCAUCUCUCUACUGCGUCAAAUUCCUUACAUGCAGGACGACUUGGAUGGAGAGCUGCGUCGCCAGGGUCUUCCCGAGGCACCGUUUUUCAACUGGAAGGACAACGUCAAGGAUGAAGAACCUCUAGAUCCAAAGGCAGUUAUGGAAGUGAAGAUACUCACGGAAGACUUCCUGUGCAAUAUCAUCACGCCAGACCUUGUGGGAUUGUUGGAGGGUGGCAAAGACGACAACACUGUUAUGCUACUCGACACCAAAUAUGGAAUCGCCUAUUGGCCAGAGUGUCCCGAUGAGAUUAAAGAGGAAACGACCCAGGAACAGGUCCAAGACGACUCCGAAGUCUGGAGCUCCCAGGAGGAGAUCGACUGGCGUUGCGAUGCACCAGCUUGGACUAUCCCAGACUUCUUCGCAAUGCUCCAGGAGCAAUUUGAGCAGCUUCGGUUCAUACCGGUUAAUUCUAAGGGGGUGAUUAACUCCUGGGCUGGAUACUCGGCUGAUGGUGAGAUGGAGGAAAUGCUGCAAGGAAUCUACCGGGAGCAUGGAUGGCCUGAUCUUGAGACAUACAGAAAAGAGGAGUGCAUCAAGGCUGUAAAGGAAGCCUUGGCGGAGCAAUACCCUGACUUUAAACUGUAUUGA